CCCGCGGGUCCCGCACUUUGCUUAUGGUUAUAACUCCGAAUUUACAUUUCCCAUUUUCUUCUCGCAAACCCUCGAACAUCUGUGCUCUACUCUAAUGGAGCCAAAGUCCCCCGGUCACUCCCCACAACACCGAAAGAGAGGCAAAAGGAGCUAUCUUGAAACCCAGAUCCCCGACACCUCCACUCAAUCGUCGUCUACCCCAGAACCAGACCUCGCCUUCCCUCCGCUUCUUCCAGAGAUUCUUUUAGAAAUCCUCUCAAGACUCCCUGUAAAGUCCCUCUUGAAAUUCCGGUGCGUAUCCAAGUCAUGGCGCGAUCUGAUUUCCAGCUCCGAUUUCGUGAAAUUGCAUCUGAACGUGUCCUCUUCUAGGAGGGAUUAUGCCGACCACAGAAUUCUGAGCAGUUUGGUUGGGCUGCAGUUCACCCUGAAGCAAUGCUCCCUCAAGUCUGUGAUGUUCCAUCCCGUGACGGAGGCGUUCGAGGUCGAUUAUCCCUUGAGCAGCCCAUACAAUUCAGUCUGGGUUGUUGGUUCUUGCAAUGGGUUGGUUUGCAUUGCCAUUGAAGAGAAAGAUCUGUUUAUAUGGAAUCCGGCCACCCGGAAAAUCAAGAACUUGCCCGAUGCGGGUGUGGAGUUGAAGGCCGGGUUCUAUUUCAUUUACGGGUUCGGGUAUGACGAGUUGAAUGAUGAUUACAAGGUGGUUGGUAUUUUCUCCAUCUUCCACAGCAGUGGUUCAUGUGAGACUGAGGUUAUGUCGUAUAGCUUGAGGAGUGAUUCCUGGAGGAUAAUUGGGGAUUGUAAGGGUGGGGUUUUGUUGAACGCUGCGGGUAAGUAUGUCAAUGGUAAGAUCCAUUGGGCAAUGUGUCCUGACGGUGUUACUGGCAGCUUGGAAAUUGUUUCACUAGACUUGUCUAAAGAAGUCUUUGGAAAGGUAGGACAGCCGGAUUAUGGAGAAAGACCAUCUGAAUUGACAUUGGGAGUGCUUUGUGGUGAUCUCUGUGUGAUCUGCCAGUAUGAGAUGUAUCAGAUGGAUCUAUGGGUCAUGAGGGAAUAUGGAGUGGUUGAGUCCUGGACUAAGAUUGUAGCGAUUCCACCUACGGAUGAUCCUAUGUACCAAUCAUUCUCCUCUCCAUUAGGCAUAGGUAACAAUGGUGAAGUUGGAUUGGUGUCUGGAACAGACAUUGUCGUCUAUGAUCCAAAAACUCAAGCACUUCGCUAUCCUGAGAUUACCAACUUUGGUGAUAUUCUUGAAGCCGAAACCUAUGUAGAAAGCUUAGUUUCUCCCAUUUCUGAUGGUGAAGCAGGGAGAAACCAGCAGUCAUAAAGAGGGCAAUGGACUAAUGAGAGGGUUUCUGAGAAUGGAUUUGGCUAUGCCCAAAGUGCAGAAGAAAGCGCGACUUGGAGAUUUCCAAGUCCACAGGGCUUCACCUCUUAUAGUCCUUCAAUCAUCUUUGUGUAAUAUCUUCUUCUUCUUCUUCUUCGUCUUCUUUUAAAUAAGUAAAGCUGUAGAUCCCUUGUGGAUAAUGUAUGUGUGAUGAUUAUAUGCUUGUUUGCUUCAUGAGUGAAGUUGUCACUACCUAAGUUUAUGGUGAUCUUAAGGUGGAUGAUUUGUGAAUAAAGAUGUGGCAUGUGA